UUCACCUAUCGCGUGGAGACUGUCACGCCCGUCGCGCUUUUCUUGUCCGGUUUGACCUUCGCACGGUUCACUUCAGAUUCUUCCAGUGACAAGGGUAUAAACUGCAUAGACUACUAUAGUAGCAAGAAGCUACUGGUCGUUUGACCUCCAAACCUCCAAAGCCAGGGUUCAAUCAGAUGAGUCAUCCAGUCCUUGUUCUUGACGUCGCACGUGACACGCAUCUUGGAAUUAAACCCACCAGGGUCAAUGUUGGAGCUUGGAUGGGACAUUGGACCCUGCCACGCAAGUGCCGCAAGAGCAUUCCACCCUUUAGUCCAAAAGAGGAACCAACAACAAGAUGAAGAAAACACAUGAAAAGAAACAAAGAAACGAAAAGUCCUGAGAGGCCACAGCGGAGGUUCCUAUGAUUUCAUCCCAAACACAUCUCAAUCCACGCCAGGCCUUGCAGUUGCGCAACCGAGUCCAACAGCUGCGAGAGCUGGGUGGAGCGUCACAUGACAUUGACAGAGAAAUCCGAGACGCAAAGGCUUAUGAAAAGAAGCAGAGGGAUCUACAGAAAGCCAGACAGGCAGCCAUGCUACAAGAGGUCGCAACCUGCCUGGAGCACCUGAGACGGGAGGAAAGGAGGCGUCAGAUGACGGCGCCGUUGGCGCUUCCAGCGCCAGAGCCACAGAUCCCCAGCGCUCUUCCUCCCACGGAGGGCCCUGAGGCGACCUCGCAGGCUGAAGACCAAACUCGCGAGGAGGCUCAGGGGCACGGAGGUUGUGGUGUGCGCACCGGAUCUCAUGACACUCACGAAGAGGUCGAUCCACCCGUCGCGGGCUAUGCAGUUCCAUUGAAGGGUUUUGCCAAGUUCUGCCGUGGCAUGUCCUUGUCGAAGGGCCAGAGGGAGGAGCUGCUGCGGCGUGUGCAAGACGAUGUCGAGGUGCAACGGACGAUCCGGGAGGCCAUCGCCCGUCACUGCGGGAACCUCCGUGGAGCUCCCACCUUGGCGUUGCAGGAUGCCAGUGCCAAAAAAGCCUCUACAGGCUCCUCCUUGGUGCCAGUGAAACGAGGGCGUCAGGCGAGGACGUCCAAGGGUCGAAAGCAGCCGAUGACGGCGCUGGUCCCGUACCAGCCACAGACAGGCCCUCGACGGAAGGGACUCCUUGAACUCUUGUUAGAGAAGCACGAAGGCGCCUUCUAUCCGGGCCUUCUCACUCUUUGCGAGCUGAUCCGGGUCACCACCACCAGCCGCCGCGUGUACAGCGCCUCUCCGGGCGCCACGAAGCGUCAGUUCACCAAUUUUUCCCUCGCAGACUUUGGGCGGACUUCUGCCAGAUCCAAACGGGGUCGGGCCUUACAAGGAACUGGAACACAGCUCCGGAUGUUGCAGGAAUGCUUGCGCACCAGGCGAUUUGCCUUGCACGUGCAGCAUUUGGACUUGUCCACUCUGGAGAUGGCGCCCAUCAGCAAAGACGAAUUCCAAUACAUGCUGGGCUGUUUGCCCAAUCUGGCUUCUGUGGUCCUGCCAAGCCGAGGCUGGGCUGGGGAUUUGCAAGUGCGGACCUUCGUGAACAUCGCCAAGUCCUUGAAGGUGAGUAUCGGUGCAUCCUCUCAUGCUGACAUCAUCCUACGAGGAGCUGCGAAGAGGCAAGAACGCUCGCGCGAGUCCGAAGGUCAUGGGAGCGCACCCUAUUCGUCCCAUGCGCAUGGGGUGCCCCGCGGUCAGAAGCGGCGGAGCGACGCCAAGGUGAGCCACAGAAGCAAGGAACCCAAGUUUGCGGAGCCCGUCCAAGGUGAGCUCGUGCCGUACCACCCCCCGCAGCUGCAGGUCGACUUUCCAGAUACACCGGAGGCGCCUCCGGCCUUGAAGGCUUUGCAGGCGCUCCGCGCGGGUGGCCUGCGCCGCCCACCGGCCCCACCCGCCGCGGCUCCGGCCGCGGCUGCAGCGUGGACGGCGCCGCCACUGACCCCGGCGCCGGUGGCACCGAUGGUGCGUCCAGCGCCAGCGCCAGCACCGCCCAGGGCGGCGCCGGCGCCGCAGAGCAGCGGGACUCGCUUGCGCUUGGCGCCGAGCGCCCGAAGUGCGCCGAUGACGCAAAGCGCGCCGAGUGCGCAGCACGUGAGUGCACAGAGCAGGCCAGCUAGUGCACCGCCAAGGCGGGAGGACCAGCAUAAGUUUUGGUGGCUCGACCGCGUGUAAUUGAGGCCUGGCAGGCAAGGGGAGAGCUUGCUUUGGCCAUAAUUCGGCAACCUCCUUGAGCCCGCUGUCCAGACUCGAAGUUUGACGA